AUACCGGGAACAGACCUACAUACAGCUACAGUACCAUAGGACUAACUUGAAAACACAUUUUGUUUGGACAAUUAUUCUGAACCACACCACUGAGGGCAAUUCACAAAAGACAAGUGACACGCAAGUGGAGAGACAGCUACUCACGUCUAGGGGUAAAAAGUGCAAUGGAAUAUUACCAGCAGAUUCAAUACAUUGAGGACAAUGCCCGGUUUGGUGAUUUGAUUGAGUUCUCUUAUCCUGUUGGAUUUUCUCACUGGGGUGUUUAUGAUGGAGAAGGCUAUGUCAUCCAUUUUGCCGUUGCAGAUGAAGGAAAGUUGACGAGAAAGUUUCGAAAGUUAGUCCUGCAAAAGCUGGUCCCUCUGAGUGGAGAUAUACUGCUGGGGGAAACAAAAAUACGCCGGCAGCACAUAGCUGACAUCAAUGUACCGAGAGGAGCCCAUGUCACCAUCAGCAACAAUCUCCAUGCCCGCAGGCCAUCUCCAGAAUGUGACAUCCGACAGCGCCGAACCGCUCUUCUGGGCCAUGACCUGCACUACAAAUUGCUCUCUGUGAACUGUGAACACUUUGCCACAUUUGUACGAUAUGGAGUCAGUAUUUGUAACCAGAUCCCUGGUAGAACCAAGAAUAAGGAAUGUCAAGAGGCAACGAAAACCUUCCAGAGAUUAAUGUCAUGACAGUUGCAGUCAUGUUAGUGCAAACAAGAUGUAAAUAGGCUUUAUAGAUGUACAUGUGUUAUACAGUACAUAUUUUCCCACAUCAACCUAUUUAUUACUCUGUAAAUCCUCUAACAACUUUUAAAGGAAAAAUAACAGAUAGAACAGUUAUGGGUAACAGUGACCUCUGGUGGAUGUGGUCCAAAUUACAAGCACAUUUAAAGAUUCCUAAAAAAAAAAAAAAAUUGAGAAAAAUAAUAAAAUGAUACAUUAUUGAUUAUAUCAUGUCACUUCAUUAUGCUCAUUAACUUUUUUUAAUGUUAUUUCUGUUUUAUAUAAUGUUUUUUAAGUUGCGUUGGACAAACUUAUCAGCUAAAUUAACUAACUAUAACAUGUUCAGCUCAACACACACCCAUACACCUCACAGGACACACCUCAUGGGAGACGAGAGUAGAUUUAUUGAUUGAUUUAUGUAAAGCACAUUGAAUGACCUCUGUGUA